UCACGAAAACUGAAAAAUAAAAAGAAAAUUAGGUCACUUGCACUUUCACUUUUCACUAACAUGAAGAAAGCCGGAGCCGAGAAGAAGCGGGCCCGGCGUUCCUCCGCCGCCGUUAAAACCACCGCCGGUCGAGAUCCGGCCACCGAUACUCCGCCUAGGAAACAAGCGAACAAGAAAGACGUUUUCCAAUUAUUUGCCGAGAAAGUGAGAGAUCAUAAAGACUUGGUUUCCAGGUGGGCCGUGUUACAGGAAACUCGUGUUGAGUACUUUAGGGGAAAAGAUUUUGUUACUUUUUUGAGAAAUCAUUCGGAGCUCAAAGACAUCUUAGAAUCAGAUAGGCAUCUAGAAGUAGAAGAUAUUGUCAAUGUGCUGUUGAGCAAGAAUCUUUUAGUUCGCUGUGAUCGUGUCGUAAAAACCGUACGUCCCGGAAAGAGAAAGUUGUCGACGUGGCCAGCUCAUUUAGAGAUAUAUCCUGAGCAGGAGUUUUCUGAUAAUGAUGCGUUUUUUGCAUGGACAUUUGUAAACAAGCGUCCACUAUGGCAAACACUUCUAUCGUUAUCUUGGCCUGUUUUGACUCUUGCAAUAUGCUUGUUCCCUGUGUAUCCCCACCAGGCAAAGCUGCUCAUACUCUACUCGUGUGCGGGGGUACUUCUCCUUAUAAUUUGCCUGCUUUUGGUGAGAGCCCUGAUAUUUGGUGUAUCGUGGACUUUACUCGGGAAGCGCAUCUGGAUUUUCCCCAACAUUCUUGCUGAGGAAGCAACACUGCGAGAACUUUUCCGUUUUUGGCCUCAAAAAGACGAGGAGGAGAAACCGAAGUUAACCGCAAGGAUCUUCUAUGCAACUGUGGCUGUUCUCGCCAUACUACUUUUGAGGCAUCAUGCCCCUGAUGAGGCUGCAAGGGCCAGGUAUCAGAAGCGGGUUUCAAACAUCAUUGAUGAUGUUCUAGAGUGGGACCCACGGCUGGCUUUGUCGGGCAUGAUGGAUAGCAUGCAAUCAGAAGUAAAUGGUACUGAAACCGACAACAAUGGCAGUAGCAGUAGCAGUGAAAAGGCAGCAGCAUCCCCUGAUUAUGUGGAGCAUGAGCAUGAGCAUGAGCAUGAGCAUGAGCAUGAGCAUGAGCAUGAGCAUGAUGAAAGUACAGAUGACAAAGAUCUGUCCAAUGAUAAUAUAUAGGAAAAUGUAAACAGAUUACAGAUUUACAGUUAAGUUUUUGAAAAAAAAGGCAUAUUAUGUAUUUGAUUUUUAUAUUGUUUUCAGAGUGUUAGGAUCAAACUUGGAAAUAAAUCACGUGGUUAGAGAUAA